GGCGCCCGCAAGUCCGCAGUCCCCUCGAGGCGACCGCAUGGCGGAGCCGGAGCGGGAGCGGGCGGCGGAGGAGUGGGUGAGGCGGAAGAGGGGCAGGAAGAGGCAGGGGGAGAGGCAGACGAGCGACCCCAUGGAGGUGCUCGGGGAAGAUGUGAUGGGGCGGGUGAUGGAGUUCCUGGACGCGCGCAGCGUGGCACGAUGCACCGCGGUCUCCUGCGCAUGGCGCGGGGUCGCGGCCGACAACCGCCUCUGGGCACCUAAGUGUGCUGAAUUGAUGGCGGGAAAGGCUCAUAUCCCACGUUUAACAUUGAUCCGCACUGGAUCCAAGUUGUCUACAUAUUCAAUGGCUGUUAUGGACGGGAAACGGAGCCGGAUCACAAAAGAGGAUCUCUGCGAUCAUGCAUGGGAAUAUCGUUUCACUAUAGCAGCACCUGAUUACUGGAGGAACCUUGAUCCAUCAUGGAAGCACACUGGUCCACCUAUGCGACGUUACUUCCACCCUGAUGGCUACCACAGUGCAGACCCUCAUGACGCCGUGUGGGGUGGCCAUGAGUGCACCUACACGGUCAUAACGAGCUUUGUCGAUGAUGGCCAGAUCAGGGAACACUACGUGAGGAUCAACCAUUGGCCACCAAUGAAGGUGUCAAGGAAGGAUGACUGGAGCUGGGAGCUAUCGAACCACCUCUACCGCUAUAACAGCAUACCUGAUUCCAACAAGAAAGUAUGCACUGGUCCUCUGUUCCCAGUUUGGUGAAUGCGCUUCUGUGGUAGUAAUCAGCAGUCACGGCUCAUGUUGUCGCAGUCUUCUGCUAGUAGAAAUCAAGCUUGCCAGACUGUUCGUAACUGAGGACAACUGACAAGGAAUGUGGCAUCAGGAGGUUGUAUUUGGCAGCUUAAGUAUGUAUGCCGAGGGAGGUUAAGGUUUGGUGUGUAUGCAAUAUAGAAGCGCCUAAACAAGCUAUAUAUGUAUUAUAUGUGUGUGGGGCACGUGUGGGUGUGCGUGUGUUUUAUGGCACUGUGAUGAUGAUAAACCCUUCGUAAUGGUUUGGUAGUAGACUUUUGCGUUGCCUGAACACUUACGUACCUGUGGGUGUGUUGUAAAAUAGUGCAAGUAUGCAACAAAUGCUGUGUGUUUGGCCUUA